GUCUUGCAAGGAGCGAACAUUUGCACUCUGGACUUUCUUAACAGCAGCCAAGAUAUUAGAGGAGCCUAAUGACGGUUAAGAUAGCGCUAGCACAUCGGACUUUUCGUUCGACAAAACUCUGGGGUAACUCGGGCAAUUAUAACCAGCAGCAAUUAUCGGUUUAGGAGGCUGCGUCUGCAGCACACGAAAUAUCAGGCAGGACACAAGCCAAGAGUAUCGUUUUAUGUAUCAUUUUUAUGCAGACAUUGGGAUUUUGGUCUUUUAACUUGAGUCAAGGUAAAAAAAAACAGACGGGAGUAAAAAUUCAUGAUAUCAUUUGUAUUUCAAUUUGCAAAUAUUUAAAGCGAAAUUUAACUGGAAAAUUAAGCUUCAUGAACAAAGAACAUCAUUCGAGAGGUUGUGAGUCUGAAGAAUAUCGCUGAAAGUUUAAGACGAAGACCUCAGGGUUCCGGAGCUACACAUCGACUCAUGGUUCCAGAGUAACAUUUAAGUCAUCAUAGCUUCUCACUGUCAAACCCAGCCGUACAAACGCACUGAACGAAUGGCCAUAAAGUCAGUUGAAUUGAACAAGUUCGUGAGGCCCAACGUAGAAUCAACGGCACCGCGAUGAAUUUUUGUCGUUUCGGCGGGUGGCCGCAGCUCCUGAUGGCGGUUCUGCUCUGCACGGCCGCAAGUGCCAAUCCUACCGAUAGCACCGAGCCGUGCGCAGAAGGCCAGUUCGAGUGCGCCAACGGCCGCUGCAUUCCCAUGGACUACAAGUGCGACGACGACGACGACUGUCUCGAUGGCAGCGAUGAACUCGAGUGUAUUGGACUCCCGUGCGGGGAGAACGAGUUCCGAUGUGCCAACUAUCGCUGCAUCCCGACGCGCCUCAGGUGCGACGGCGACGACGACUGCCGUGAUGGCAGCGACGAGCUUAACUGCACCCUUCCUGGCAAUGUCUGCACUAUCAAUCAGUUUCAGUGCAAGAAUGGCAACUGCAUCAAGGCUCUCUACCGCUGUGACAACGAAAAUGAUUGUCAGGAUUCGAGCGAUGAGGAAAACUGUGCCGAUGUCCCGUGCGGCGAAGGCAAGUUCAAGUGCGCCAACCAUCGCUGCAUCAAAGGGCGCUACAGGUGCGACGGCGACAACGAUUGCCUUGAUGGAAGCGAUGAACUUAACUGCACCCUUGUCCAGUGCGGCGAAGACAAGUUUAAGUGCGCCAACCAUCGCUGCAUCAGCGCGCGCUACAGGUGCGACGGCGACAACGACUGCCGUGAUGGCAGCGAUGAACUUGACUGCACCCUACCUGGCAGUGCCUGCAUGAUAACUCAGUUUGAGUGCAAGAAUGGCAACUGCAUCAGAGCCAGCUACGUCUGUGACGGCGAUAACGACUGCAGCGAUAUGAGUGACGAGGAAAACUGUCCCGAAAGUUGAGGCGUCUGGUCCAGGUUCUCCAGCUCUCAUCCGGUUAUACUGUUUCAUUGACGCACAUUUGACAACGACCAACAUGCAAUACAAAUAAACAUACUCCUACAUCCCGCUUCUAUACAGUGCUUUCAUAAAACUUUCAUCACUGUACUGUUAUCAGCUUCAACACUGUUAGAAAAAUGACCGUUAACGGUAUUACCGGUGUUUCAGCGGCC